AUGACAAUAGACGGCAAAACUGUUUGCAAAUUGAUUCAAUCGUUUCCGGUAUUGCUAAUUCUCGCUCAAAAACAUGAGAAAUGUCUGAAAACUCCUUUCGUUUACAAACCGCCCAGUCCGACCCACCCUCCCGAGUAUUACGAGGCCUACGACGCGUUAAUCCAAAACUUGUUUGGCGACGACUGUUAUAAAAAAACACACGACAAGAAAUGCCACGCUUAUCCCAGCGAUUACGAACACGGGACGCCGAUCUACGGCCACGAAACUCCAGCCUACGCGCACGGGUAUCCCACGUACGGACAAGAAUACCCGAUCUACGGCCACGGUCAUCUGAGUGAUUCUAAUACGUUAUACGCCGCCUCUUUUCCGGACGAAAAUUUAGCCUUCACGAGAAAGGGAUUAGUGGGGAAUAUUACGAAGUACGUGUAUAAGAGUGACUACGCGCCGAAUCAGAAACACAAUGUGAAGAGAAGGGUCAAAGUCGUCGUUAAGAGCAAAGGACAGAAACGGUCGCAGAAGCUGAAAAGAGGUUCGUACUUUAAGGAUAUAUUUAAGGUUAUACAUUGCAAUUUCAGUCGCAUUGACCACCGUCGGUGA